GUCCCUACUCCAUCCCACCAACUCCCGCCAUUCUGUUCACGGCCUUUUUCCUCAGCCUCACACGAGCAUCAACAUCCUCCAAUCCCUCUAACCCACCCCAAGGUUCCAGCUUCUUACGUCUCAACGACACUAAACGAAAAGACACGCGUCAAAUCGCCUCACAAAUCUCUCUCUCAAGGUCUACCGCAUUAGACGUUGCGCGCAAAGCUCUUUCUCAUGACUACCAUCGAAAACCUCAAGACCAUCGACCCCUUCGCGGACGCGGACGAGGGCGACGCGGACAAGCAGAAGAAGGGCCAGGACUACAUCCACAUCCGUAUCCAGCAGCGCAAUGGCCGCAAGACCCUCACCACCAUCCAGGGCCUGCCCAAGCGCUUCGACCAGAAGAAGAUUCUCAAGGUCAUAAAGAAGAAGUUUGCCUGCAACGGCACCAUUGUGGAGGACCAGGAUCUCGGCGAGGUUCUGCAGCUUCAGGGUGACCAGCGCAAGGCUAUUCACGACUUCCUCAUCGACAAGCAGGAGGGUCUCGAGAUGGACUCCAAGCUCGUCAAAGUCCACGGCUUCUAAGGGAGCCGUUACUGCCAGGAGGCGCAAUCUCCCCCUCGCAACCGAGCGGAUCACGGUAACAUAAUCCCCGGAAGGGAAGGGAGAUUCGAGUACCGUUCGGUCCACACCCAAAGUCUUAGAUCCAUCUUACAAAUGCUUCCAAAAGGGGGAAACAGAAGCCUCGUGGAGAUGCUCUAGGCCCCCGAUGAGCUUCUGAAGCUUUAGAUGGGGUGGGACUAUUCCGAAAAGGUCGAUUCCCAACUCAGACAGGGAGAAUGGAGCUACCGAGAGGAUCUUAAAGGUGCCUGCGGGAGAUAGACUGCGACACGUAUCAGCUGCGCAUAUCCACAGCUAGAACAUGUCGUGCCGCGCUGAGAAACUGGCAAGGGGAUUUUUGGGCACAACGGUCUUGGUGGGUCUGAGAGCUUUUUUACAGCAUCCGCUUUCUAGUUGUGGCUCGUCCGCCGUCCUAUGAUGACGGCACUGAUGAGAAACAAGGCUUGCGAAAGGUUAUGAGCAUCAUGCCCAGUAAUGAACACGUUAACUGAACCAUUGCUAUUCUCGGGUGACCAACUACAUGUGCUUCAGG